AUGUUAGAUGAAUUAUGUUGUAUGAUUCGACGUGAUGGAGCAAUUGGUUUGUCAGCGGUACCAAUGAAACCCUCAAAAAUACCAUCCCCACAACCCGUAAUAGCUGUAUAUUGGAUGCCAGCACAAGGUGGAAAAGUACAUUACAGAGAGUCUAAUGAUUCAUCAAUAUUGCAUUUGGUGGAAAAUGAAGUAAAUAUUCAAUAUCGUUAUGGAUCAACAUUCAAACCAAAUGCAGUACUUAUUGUUACUUGGGAAAAUACUCAUGAUAUUACAGAACCUAAUUCGGAAGGUAAUUCAUUUCAAGUGGCACUGAUUAUGAGUAACAGUGGGACAUUUGCGCAUAUUGUUUAUAGUAAACUGAAUACAAAUAAAAAUGCCGUGGCAGGUUUCAGUGGUUUAGAUGGCCAUUAUUCGUUACCCGGUUCAGGAACACAAGAUGCAAUAAAAUUGGCCGAGAAAAGCGAUAUUGGUAUACCAGGAGAAUUCUUUUUCCGGAUUGAUUCCGAUCAGGUGUUUCUUUGUGGAGCUGGAUACAAGAAUUCGGAAGGUAAUUCAUUUCAAGUGGCACUGAUUAUGAGUAACAGUGGGACAUUUGCGCAUAUUGUUUAUAGUAAACUGAAUACAAAUAAAAAUGCCGUGGCAGGUUUCAGUGGUUUAGAUGGCCAUUAUUCGUUACCCGGUUCAGGAACACAAGAUGCAAUAAAAUUGGCCGAGAAAAGCGAUAUUGGUAUACCAGGAGAAUUCUUUUUCCGGAUUGAUUCCGAUCAGGUGUUUCUUUGUGGAGCUGGAUACAAGGGACAAGAAUGUGCUGAAACAUGUGGGAAAGCGGAAUGGGGUCUGGAUUGUACCAGACAAUGUCAUUGCGAUAGUGGCGCACAAUGUAAUGCUGAAACAGGAGCAUGUCCUGGUGGGAAAUGUAAUCCCGGUUGGACCGGAGCACCAAUUUGUGAGGAUGAUGUAGAUGAGUGUGCAGAGAAAGAUGACCUUUGCCCCCGAGAGCAACCAGAUUGUGUGAAUACUGCUGGCGCAUACUUGUGCAUUUGUUAUGAAUAUGAUAACACUACCAAUACAUGCAAAGGUACGCUGCCUCUUAAAAAUGGGAAAAGUGAACCGAUAGCAGUGAAUAUUGUACCAGUACGACCCGUACUAGCAUCAACAGUAGUUGCACCCAACUUCCGGACAACAAAACGACCUAGUACAACGACAACUCAAUGGUCAACACAAACCACUUUAUUGAAUGACUCUAAAACUGUCCAAUUUACGCCUCACCCUAUUAAGAAGACUUCAUCGAAUUGUCGUUGUGACGAGAAUGCGGAAUGUAACGGAGGAAUAUGUAAAUGUAAAUCCGGUUGGACAGGUGAUGGGAAAUCUUGUAUGGAUAUCAAUGAAUGCUUCGGUGAACCGAGUGUUUGUGGUGCUCAUGCACUAUGUGAAAAUAGUCCAGGCUCAUAUAACUGUCAGUGCAAUAUAGGAUAUAUAUUUGAUCGUAAUGGAAAAUGCAUUGAUUUGGAUGAAUGUGCUGAAGGAAUUGUAGUAUGUGGUGGCAGUAAGAAUAGCUCUAUUUGUGUGAAUACUGAUGGCAGUUAUGAAUGCCGAUGUGCACCCGGUUAUGCCGGUAGUCCGGACAGUCCACAUGGGUGUGUAGAUGUGAAUGAAUGCCAAUUAUCGGACUUUUACUGCGGUGAAAAAGGAGUUUGCAAGAAUUUAGUGGGCAGUUAUGAAUGUGAAUGUGCGGAUGGCUUUCAACGUGAUCAGUAUACGGGACAAUGUGUUGACAUCGAUGAAUGCAAAUAUGAUCCAUGUGAUAAGGCAGCAAUAUGUACCAAUUUACAUGGAUCAUUCCGAUGCGCUUGUAUAGAUGGAUUUGUUGGUAAUGGGGUGGAAUGUCACGAAACAAUCCUCUUCCCGGAUGACAACCCAACACUUGAAGUACCUGCGCGAGUUAAUGCUGUUGCUGAUUACCUUAUAACUGAACCUCUUCGACUUUUUGGCCGAACUUAUCGUACUCUUUACAUUUCAUCAAAUGGUGGAAUAAGUUUUGGUGAGCCACUUCCAUUAAAACUUGAUGGAAAUGUUCGUUUCCCAGCAUUUUUACCACUUUAUCAGCACUAUACCUUUCAGGAUAACUCAAAAGUUGUCCUGAAAGUCAUUGAUGAUACUGAUCCAAAAGAUUAUACAUUAUUGGCUCGUUUAUCCUUAAGUAUACAUAACAAAUUUCAUCAAAAAGAUUUUCGCGCACGUUCAUUACUUAUCAUUUCGUAUGAUCACAUGUUACAAGUGGAUACUGAUCAGGAAAAUUCAUUCCAAGUAAUAAUAGCGCGAAGCGAUAAUGCGACAUUUGCGAUGUAUUUAUUCGAAGAGGUCGAAUCAGACAAAGGUUUGAGUGGUUUCUCAUCAGGUGUUGAAUUCUUCGAGUUACCUUUUGAAAUGUUGGCUAAUCAAUCAAAUAUCGGUGAACGAGGGAAAUGGUUAUUCCGGGUUGAUGGAGUUCUACCAUUACACUGUCCGGCUGGUACACUGGAUCCACCGUUGUGUCAGAAAGAAUGUGGUGCAGGUACGUGGGGAUUCCGUUGUGAGAAUAAAUGUCAUUGCCGUAAUGAUAUUCCAUGUGAUUUUGCAACCGGUUUCUGUUCCAAUGCUCAAUGCGCAGAUGGUUGGACGGGUAUUAGUUGCUUCGAAGAUGUGAAUGAAUGUAUUACGGAAAGACACAAUUGUUCAUCAAAAGCGACAUGUAUCAACGAAAUCGGAACGUAUCGUUGCAAAUGUAAUGAACUUUUCGUGGGUGAUGGCUUCUCAUGCAAACAGGUUGAUGCAUGUUAUUUGCGAUACAAGGAAAAAUGUUCGGUAAAUGCCGUUUGUGAUGAAAAAUCUCCAGAAGGACCGGAAUGUGUCUGUAACGACGGUUAUCAUGGUGAUGGCUUAAAUUGUCUUAGAAUUAACGCUCCAGUUGAAGAACCAAUAACACCAAUCAUAGAUAAUGCGAUUACGGAUGUACCAUUGGGAAUACCAAAAAGUGUUGAAAUAGAUAAUGAUAUGGAGGAAACACCGUUCCUUAUGCAUAAUUGGGAAAAUGAAGAAGUAAGCGCUGAAUCAACGAUACAGAAAUAUGAGAAGGAAAAGAACAUGAAAAUGCAUACAACAACUACUCCACCACUUGCUAAAGAUUACAAUGAUGUCGAGAAUGAACUUUACAUCGGUGGUAAUACAAUCGAAGAAACGGAUAGUAGUAGCACACUUUUUAUCGUGAUACCAGUAGCCUUAUGCGCUUUAUGGGCUAUCAUCAUUGUCAUUGUCCUUGCUGUAUGCUGCCGAAGGAAAAGGUUCAUUUGA